CGUGAAUCUUGUGGCGAGGGCACCGCGCAGCUGACAGAAGGGCGAGCCGAGCCCCCGGCUUGCUACGAGACCGGGGCUCGUUCGGAAACAAUUCUACUGAAACAGAAGAGUGAACUUUUCAGGCAACAUUUGUAUUUUUAUUGUGACAGGGAGGACCUGACUUUUAACCAUGGGGAAAACAGAAUAUUUUAACUGGGACAACUACUUGAAAGAAACUGGGUCUGUAGCUGCCCCUUCACAGUGUUUCAGACAGUCUAAGAUUCCCCCUAGCAAUGAUUUCAAAGUGGGUAUGAAGUUGGAAGCUCAUGACCCCCGGAAUGUUACCUCUGUGUGUAUAGCUACAGUUAUUGGAAUCUCAGGUACUAGAUUAAGGCUGCGUCUUGAUGGAAGUGACAAUCAAAAUGAUUUCUGGAGGCUAGUGGAUUCCUCUGAUAUACAGCAAAUUGGAACAUGUGAAAAGAAAGGAGGAAUGCUUCAGCCUCCUUUAGGAUUCCAGAUGAAUGCAUCCUCUUGGCCAAUGUUCCUUCUAAGAACCCUAAAUGGAGCUGAAAUGGCACCUGCUGUAUUCUUUAAGAAGGAACCUCCAAAGCCUUCUCAAAACUUUUUAAAGGUUGGAAUGAAGCUGGAAGCAAUAGACAGAAAAAAUCCUUAUUUAAUAUGUCCUGCAACCAUUGGGGAUGUGAGAGGAGAUGAAGUUUUUAUAACCUUUGAUGGUUGGCGUGGAGCAUUUGACUAUUGGUGUAAAUAUGAUUCUCGAGAUAUUUUUCCAGUUGGAUGGUGUGAUUUAACAGGGGAUGCACUACAGCCACCAGGAAAAAGUGUUUCUAGCACAAAAAAUAAUACCAAAGCACAGACCUCUCCUUCCAAAGGAACUCGAAGCUCAAUGCACUCUUCACCGAAAUCAGCUUCACCUGUUCCAACUGCCAAAGGCAGGAAACUCACUCGGGCUCCAUCCACCGUCCUUAGCAAAGUCCCAUCUCCUAAAAAUAUUCCGGUAGUCAAAAACAUUUCUCACAAAGAAAACCUCAAAAAAAGGAAAAAGGAUUUAAAUCCAGGAAGAAAAAAAAAAAACGUAACAAUGCAACCUCCCGCCUUUUUUCCUCCUAUUUCUGAAAAAGUCGAUAAUAGCUCUCCGAUAUAUGGAGAGGCACCUGCUAUCACUGGAACAUCUGUAGCCGUUAUUUCAACAGUUUGUGUCUAUGUUAACAAGAACGGAAAUUCUGGGCCUCAUCUUGAUAAAAAGAAAAUUCAGCAGCUUCCUGAUCACUUUGGACCAGGUCCUGUGAAUGUAGUACUUCAGCAGGCUGUCCAAGCUUGUGUCGAUUGUGCCUAUCAAUCAAAAAUUGUCUUUGGAUUCCUCAGGCCUGGGCAUCAUGCUGGAGAGAUUAUUACUGCCUCUUUUGAUGAGGAAAAACAUGCCAUCAAUCUUCCUUCUGUGAAUAGUGCAUCUUUUGUUCUGCGUUUCUUGGAGAAACUUUGCCACAGCCUGCAGUGUGAUAAUCUUUUCAGUAGCCAGCCCUUUAGUCCUUACAUGGGAAAUGCACAUAGUCCCAUUGAACAUGAUAGAAACAAGUCAGCAAAAGAACAAAUAUUAAACAGCAGAAGUGCAAAGCGAUAUUCUCAGGAUUCACCCCCCUAUCCUGUCCCCCUGUCUCCUAAGCUUCUAAGAACUGAAGCUCACCCAUCUGAAGCAGAGACCCUGCCAAGUGAAGAAACAUCCAAAGAGCACAGGUUUGCUGAGAAUUCAAUGGAUUCUGCACUUAAUUCAGUCAUCCUGUCAAGUCCUAACAAUCAGAUUUCCACUGAAUAUACCUCAGGGAACAUAGCCUAUUUUAGGCAUUCUCUUCCUUCAAUAUCUGCUACCUCAAACACAGCGCCAAAUCUACAGAAAUUAUCAAGUGCUACUGGGAACAAAAGUUAUUGUGAAAUUGCCAGAAAGAGAUUGCAACAGAGGAUUGAAGCUGCAAGUUCUAAAACAGGACCUGAACUCAGUGCCCUAAAACAGGAAUCUUCGCAUCUCUUCAGCAAAGACCCUUCAACAUGGUCAAUUGAUGAAGUAAUGCAAUUUGUAAAAGAAGCAGAUCCUCAGACAUUAGCACCCCAUGCCGAACUCUUCAGGAGACAUGAAAUUGAUGGGAAGGCUCUUCUGUUACUGAGGAGUGAUAUGAUAAUGAAGUAUAUGGGUCUGAAACUGGGCCCAGCAUUAAAACUGUGUUAUCAUAUAGAAAGACUUAAGCAAGGGAAGUUCUAGGCAGCAAAUGCAUAGUGAUAGUGUUGCAUUUCAAGUAGACAACCAGUUAGGUUCAAAAAGAGAACAAUAGGACUGAAACUUUGCCUGAUGAAAUGGAUCAAAAAAAUCUCACUCAGCUCACAAAGAAAUUUCCAGCAUAUUGUUUCUACUAGUCUAAUCAGAAAGAAAUAUCCCAAAUCAGCAUUGUUACAGAUACUUCUUAAAUAUGGAAUUUAGUGUUAAAAGUUUCACAUUGUAUUUAAUAACUUUUUAAAAUAGGCAGGGAGGAAGUAGUACUAAAAGUAUUAAUAUGAGAAGCUGCAAAAUACAUUCUCACCUCUUCAGCUUCAGCUGAUGCGUUUUCAUUCAGAACCAAAACAGCUGAAUUCCAAAGGAUCUUUGUUUUAAAAAAAAUCAAAUGUGGAGGGUGUUUUUUUGUUUUUUGCAAAAAUGGCUGAAUUUUUAUGCUGGGGUGAGGAAAGUAUUCUUUUUAAUUGAUUAAUUCUUUAAUUAAUAUAAUCACAUACAUAUCUUAUGUGAAGCAGAUAUCCAUAAAAACAAUAGCCAUAUACUUGUAUUGUAAGUAUAUGUUGUGUGCAAAAAACAAAUAAGCUCUUUUUUUUUUCAAAUUUAAAUUAUGAAAAUACAUUUUUACAGCAUGUUGACAAUUUAAGGAGAAAAUUUCUUUUUUAGGAAGGAACUUCUUAUGGCUGAUCUGAGCAGCCAACUCCCCAAUUGAGCAAAUAACUUUCUGUUUGCUUACAACAAUAUAAGAAAUAUUGUAUUGAAACAUUCCAUCUAGCAUAAACCUAUGUUCAUGCACUUGUAUAUUUAUGUGGUGGGUUCAUGCAUAUGUGUGUGUGUGUGUGUGUGUAUGUAUGAAUAUAUAAAUAUAUAUUUUGUACAUAAUGUUCAAGUUUUUCUUAAGUGUGUUUUAAAGGUAUUUUUGCACUGUGGCAGAUAAUAAACUGCAGGUUUUUUGUUCAUUUUAAAUCAUAAAGAAAAUGUGCAUUAUACAUUUUAUAUACUUGUUAAUGUAUCAUCAAGCUGUGUCUUUAGGCCAAUCAAUUCCAAUAGACCAGUUUGUUCCAGUAGAACAUAGGGUUGAGAUUCCCUGGUGGGGACCUGGUGAAGUAUGGAAGAUAGUUGCCUAAACAGGAUUUCCUUUUGCAUUCUAAAAUAUGAUGUUAUGCCACCAGGAAGGAACAAAAUGAAACCUACCAUCUUGUGUAGGAUCCAGAAAGAUUUCAGCAUGUGCAGUUUCUAAUUAAUUGCAAAACUUUACCUUCAGUCCACCUUUCACUGCAUGUGAAUGGUCUUUGCUGGAUGUAUGUGUCCUCAUACUGUUCAUUAAUGCCUGUCUGGUUUGUUUCUUAUUUCAUGGAGGGAAAUGGAGAGAAGGGGAAGGGAGAAGAAGAAAUAAUUGAUGGACAGAUCCAUACAGGGCAAGUUCUGGAACUAUGCAAUAUUCCUAAAUUCUCAUGUUGCGCUGAACCAUUUUAUUCUGGGAAAAUAUCUGGAAAAGAAUGGGAUAAUGAGGGAAAGGUGAUGCUGAAUGUCUUUUUUUUUACUUUGCCUCUCUAAAGUCUUAUAUAUAUAAAAAAGUCAAUGAAUUCUUUCAACAAAGGAAUUGAAUUACACUUGGAUGUAUAAUUCAUCUGAAUCUUGGUGCUGUCUGUAGUUACAACAAGUAAAAUACUUUCCCAUCACUGCCAAUAUAAUAUCAGGGACAAUUUAUGUACUUUUGCUGAAUAGAGGAUCAGUUGUUCUGUUUGUCCAAGUGUUGCUAGAAAAGAUAUAGUCCUGAAAGGAAUGUAGUUUUUAUAUUUCUUACUGCCUUUUUAUAUGGAAAAAACUUCUAGUUAAAAUACAUUUGUUGUUUAAAAAUGCCUUGUUUAUUAUAUUAGUGUAUUAGUAAUACACCAAUUACUCAGGUUUAGCUAAAAAUGGCAAAAUUGCAAAUUGUUAUUGAAGCAAUGUAUUUCUUUAAAUUACUGAAGCUGAAUUUAAAUGAGAUCACUUUGGUGAUGUCCUAUUUUCUGAUGAACUUCUGGCAUUCAUAUUAUAUCAGCAAACUUUGCUUCUCCUAAGAGUGUACAACAGCUCCAAUAUAUAACUUUCUUUAACUAGUGCAGUUAUUUAUAUAUGCUCAGGUAUUUAAAAAUAAGCUGUAAUGGCUGUGAUAUCUUUCAUAUCUUUUGAUGCCUAUUUCUGUCAAAGUUACAUAAACACACCUAUUUAUCUCAUUGUGAAACAUGAUUGCUUGUAUUUGGCAUAUAAUUGUGUUUGUGAUUUUUAAGGGUGACAUAUAUUAUGCCAAUGAACUUCCACUGGUACCAUGGGAAUGCUUUUUGUUCUCCAUCUUGCAUCUACUGUAUGUGCUUCAUAAAUUUGUUCUGGAGAUUUGAAGGGUGUGUUGGCAGUGGAAGAAAACAGUCAAAUUUGAUACUAUAUAAGACAUUUAUUAUAGCUUAUUUCAGACAUGUUGAAGGAUGUUUUAAAAUUGUAUUAAAAUGCCAAACUAUCUUGCAAGAAUCUUUUCCAUACUGGAUUGCAGACAAAAUGUCACAAAUGUUAUUCCAGGAAUUUUAUAUGUUAAAAGUGGUUAUAAAACAUAGACACAUUAUUUUAGACCAGGAGUUUCUCUUUAUUCAUUUUGCUAAUAUGUCUUUGAAUUGUGCAAAUAAUGUUUACUACGUCAUGUACACAAACUUUUAUAAGAAAGAAGAAUGCCACUGAAAUUUUAACUUUGUAUAUGACAUGAUACAAAUUAUGUUAGGUAUAUUUUUUCAUUUUCAACUGGAUGUUCUCAUCUAAAAAGAAAAUAAAAGCUGCUUGAUGUUUACUUCUCAAUUAUUUUUAUUAUGUAAUGUCUUAAAUCUGUAACUGACUAACCUCAUAGUUACUAAUACACCAAUGAAAAUAUACUUUAAUAU